UAAUUAAAAACUCCGCCCCCUUCCUUGCUGCUAGCCGUAAUUACGUCAUCAAAACGAGCCGAACUGCAGCAUGGAGGUACGUCUUCUCUAAGGAGUUUUUGACCUUUUACCGUUUCUCCUUUCGUGAUUUAUCGGUUAUCUGUAUUUAAAAUAAAAAUUUCCACAAUGUCAGUGAAGCAGGCAUCAGUCCAUGCCAAAUGGAUCGUUGGCACAGUCAUAGGGACCAAGAUGCAGAAAACCGCCAAAGUGAGAGUCACAAGACUGGUCUUGGACCCUUACCUGCUCAAGUACUACAACAAGAGGAAGACAUAUUUUGCCCAUGAUGCUUUGCAGCAGUGUACUAUGGGAGAUGUUGUCCUCCUCAAGGCUUUGCCUGAAGCAAGAUCUAAACAUGUCAAACAUGAACUGGCAGAGAUUGUGUAUAAAGUGGGUCGAGUGAUCGACCCAGUUACAGGAAAGAAAGUUGCUGGAAGGGAGUAUCUAGAGCCAUUGACCGAACUUCCCAGCAGUGUUGAAGACAAGACAAUUUUGGAAAAAAUACAGAAGCUUGACAUCUGUGCUGCAAGUGGAACUGACUCCACACCAAUACAUUCUCCAACUUCAUGACAAAAACUAUCGUUAUCUUAUGCACUUCUGUUAUCUUGAGAUUUUCUGUAACAGUUUUCCAUAUAUGUUAUAUACUGUUGUGCUCAAAGAGUUUUACAGUUUUGUGUUCAGGUGGAAGUUUUGAGCCAUUUCUGAGUAAUAAAUGUUUUCCUUUAUGUGCACUUAGAUGACAGAUUGGUUAUAACAAAACAUUAUUACAACAGCUUAAUAAAUUGUCUUUAAAACA